AUGGCACAAGAUACUUCGUCUAUUAAAACCGCUAAAGCUCUCGAUGAUUAUGUCUUAUUGGGGUGUAGUGGAUUGAGAGUUUCUCCAUUAUGUCUUGGUACUGAGAUCAUUUUUACUUUUGGAGAACAAUGGGGAAUCGGCGCUAAUAAAGAAGAAUCGAAAAAAGUUUUUGAUCUUUAUUACGAAAGAGGCGGAAAUUUUUUUGAUACUGCCUGCAAUUAUAAUGAUGGUGAAGGCGAACGUUUCCUUGGAGAUUAUGUUUCCGAUAAACGAUCUGAUGUUGUGAUUGCAACAAAAUAUACGUGUAAUACAACUUCUAUGCAAAAGGAUGUGAGACUCAAUCCGAAUUUAGGAGGAAAUCAUCGAAAAAGUCUUGUGGAGAAUCUUAAUGAGAGUUUGAAACGAUUGAACAUGAGCUAUGUCGAUAUUUUAUAUGUUCAUAUUUAUGAGUUUCGAACUCCAAUCGAAGAAAUUAUGAGAUCAUUAGAUGACGCCGUUCGAAGUGGAAAAGUAUUAUACGUUGCUGCAAGCAAUUUUCCAUCUUGGGCACUCGCUCGCGCUAAUACAUUUGCAGAAUUACGUGGAUGGAGUUCUUUCAUUGGACUUCAAACGCGGUAUAGUUUAUUGGAUCGAUCAUUAGAAUUUGAUUUACAACCUGCUUGUGCUGAACUUGAUGUUGGAAUUAUUCCGUGGGGUGCCGUUGCCGAAGGUUUUCUUACCGGAAAACAUACGAGAGAAUCAGCUGCUAACUUAAAAUCGGAACAUCGCAGUCAUAAAGUAGCAGAUCAUUCAAAAGUCGAAAAAAAUUGGAAGAUUUUAGAUGACGUAAUUACUGUUUCAAAAGAGACUGGCAGAACUCCUGUUCAGGUCGCUAUGAACUGGGUUCAACAAAAACCUGGAAUUACUUCUCCUUUAAUUGGUGCUAGAACAGUUACUCAGCUCGAAGAAAAUCUUAAAUCACUUGAAUUCAAAUUGACGCCUGAACAAGUGAAAAGACUGGAUGAAGCAUCUAAACCAGCUGAAAUUCCAUUCCCUAAUUCGUUUGUUAGCAAUUAUGAUAGAUUCAUCGGAAAAAACAUUGAAGUGCCUCGUAAAUUUGAAGCUAUCUCGACUUCAUGUAACUUUGGAAGAAUAAAUCUUUAAUUUAUUUCACAAGGCUCAAUUUUUGUUUUCUCUCGAUUGUUUAUAAAUAUAUUUUUUCUUCAAUAAAAUAAAAUAUUCAGAACU